AUGAAUAAAGGAGAUAAAUAUUAUGGAUUUUAUAAUGAAUUAUUGAAAUCUUCAAUAUUAUUCAUCAUUUUAUGCUUAUUUCAAGGACAAAAUUUUAAAAUUGUUCAAGGUGAUGUCUUAUUUCAAUUUAAUAUAAUUCCACAUAACUUAUCGAAUUUUUUACGGUUGUUUUCAUGUAAACAUUCGGAAGUUCAUUCAAUAGAUCAUCGAUUUAAUAAUCCUCUUGUUUAUGAAAAAGAUGAUAAAUUACUUUCACCGUUUUUAGACAGCUGUAUUUCUGUUAAAAUUUGUUUGUUACCAUUUUCUGAUUUAUGGAGCUUUAAUGAUUUUACACAUUGUAAAUAUGGAGUCACAGCUGAAACACUAUCGAAAUCAAAUUUUCUCGAGAUUAAUGAAACAUAUUACAUUUUAUCAUUGAAAAAUGUACAUCCAUCAAAACAGAAAUAUGAUCAAAUAUUGAAAAGAAUUCAUAAUACUACUUAUUAUAUUACUAAUUCAAGUAGUCAAAAUGAUGAUUUAAGUAUUCAUUAUCAAGUAUUAUGUAAUAAUAAUUUCUAUGGUAAUUAUUGUGAAAUAUUUUGUCAAGAACAAAAUGGUAUUCAUGGAUAUUAUAAAUGUGAUGAACAAACUGGUAAUCAUAUAUGUCAACAUGGUUGGAGUGGUAAUACAUGUACCGAAGCUAUAUGUGACUUUGGAUGUCUACAUGGAAGAUGUAUAAAACCGGGUUAUUGUCAUUGUGAUAGCGGUUGGUAUGGAAAGGAUUGUAGUCAAUGUCAUGUUUAUCCUGGAUGCCUUCAUGGUGGUUGUGAAGUUGGUAAACGUAAUUAUACGCUUAUUCCUUUCACAUGUGAAUGUGAUCAUGGCUGGGGAGGCAUGUUAUGCGACAAAGAUCUACGUUAUUGUAGUAGUCACUUGAAUAUUUGCAAUAACAAUGGAAUAUGUGUAAAUAAUGAUGUAAAUAUUGGUGUACCUUAUCAAUGUAUUUGCCCACCUGGAUUUCAUGGUGAUCAUUGUGAAAUAAUUGAUUAUGACUGUCAAGUUCAUGGAUGUAAUGAAAAUGGAGAAUGUAUUGUGCAUGAAACGGGAUCGACAACCUGUUACUGUCACCCCGGUUAUCAUGGAAAUCUUUGUCUGUUCAACCAAACAACCUGCGAAGAAUUUCCAUGUCAGGCAACAGGGUCAAUAUGUAAAGAACGAGCAAUGAGUGAUGUACGAUUUCCUUCAAAUGACCAACAGUUUGUAUGUAUCUGUCCUCCAGGAUUUGAAGGUUCUAACUGUGAAAUUAACAUCAAUGAAUGUUCUGAAAAGCCUUGCAAAAAUGGUGGACUUUGUAAAGAUGUUGUGAACGGUUAUCAGUGCAUAUGUCCGUCUGGUUAUAAUGGAGAUAACUGUGAAACUCAAGAAUACAGCUGCAUUACAAAUAAAUGCCCUUAUGGUUAUGAAUGUUUUACAAACAGUACAACAUCAUUAUGUGUUUCCUCAAUUCCUCAUAAGUUAACAGCGGUACAUUCCUCAAACAAUCAAACAAAUUCUGGAAUAUCGUUUGAAGAUAUACAGCCAACUUACUUAAAAUUUACACAGUUCUCCCAUGGUCCCUCAAUUGUGAUAUUUACUCUAUUAACUCUCCUCAUUGUAAUUAUAUCACUUCUUUUAUUGAAAUAUGUUUUAAAGUUAAAUGCAUUCAGACAAAUCGCUUACUAUAAUCAUGAGUCUGAUGUUGAACUAAAUUAUGUUCGAAAUUCAAUGAACACAAGAAGCAAUUUUGUAUUUAAUCAAUUCAAAGAACUGAAAAACAGCUGUUAUUUGAAUAGUAACUUGUACAUUGAUCACGUAAAUAAAUUGGCAGACAUCGAGAAGUGA